UUGAGGGAAAGAAGUUUGAAGACGAGCCGCGGGUGGAAGGACCUCUCACAUCCUCCCUGCCCAGUCCACAGCGGAUUAACUUUUCCCAUCUCUUUAUAUAUAUAUAUAUAUCUCAGGAUUUGGGUCAUGCUUUGAUAUUUUUAAACGUCAAAGUACCGUUUUUAACUGUGGUACGUUCAAGGGCUGGAGAUCGGGGGACUAAACUACCGCCGAGGUUGAUCAACUUUCCAGCGGACAGCCGUGCAUCCUGUCCGGGGAGGAGGUUAGCAGUAACACCGCUGUUGGUUGAUUGCAUUUCUCUUGCGCAAUCUACGGUUGAAAUCGCUGGACUUUUGCAACUUUUACCUAGAAAUGGUCGGCAGGUUGAACUUGCCAAAUGCAUGUGAAGGAGAUCCACUGGAUAUGAGCUGCAGGGCUGAUAGAGGACUUGACAGCCCGGACUCCGGGUUACCCCCGAGCCCGAGCCCCAGCGCCUGGCUGCUGCCCGUGUCUGCGGACAAACCCGGGGGAGUGAGCCCGGUGUCCGAAGACGAGGGAAGGGGCUCCCUGGUUCCAGUUUUACCCUCUGGGUCCUUCCAGCAGCUACACCCAUUGUCCUAUGGGGAAGGAAUAGCACUUGAUCCAUUACCGUCAAAGGAAAUAAGAUUUACCUCAUCCGUGCACUACGGCUCGGACCGCCACUUCAUCCAGGGCGUGGCCUUGCAGCCUACGGGUCAGGGCCUUGAACACUGCAGGCAGACCAUUAUGACCGUGCCCCACAGUACCUGGCGCCACUACAAGACACAGCUGGAUUUCCAGCCUCGCCAUCGGCCACAGUGCUUCAAGAGCACCACCAUUGUCUACGCUAAGAAAACCAGUGCCCUCUACACCACAGAGCUGAGCUACGACUGCCACCGGCUAGCCAAACGUUUCUUCUCCAGUGUGGAGCUGGAGGCGGCCGGUCGCAGAGAGCUCCCUCAGUGAGGGAGGGGACAGGUGGCUGGAGCCCGUUUACUGUAGCUCCCCCAAAGCUGGCUGUUAUUGACCUGCUGUGUUGUCUUUGUACAGAGGUGUAGCCUGUUUUUCUUUUUAAGUACACUUCCAAGCUGUGGACAGGAAGCACCUGUGCUGUGAUGUUAUGGAUAUCAGAGAUGACAAGACGUGAACAAAGUGGAUAAAACAUCCAUUCAGUCCAUGUCUUCACGGUUAUAUUCCUGACAAUGGAUGAUCUAUCAGUUGAAGUUUUCAUUAAAGGCUUUACUUUACUGCUUGUUGGUUUCCAGAGGCAUGCUCAUAUUUGAUUUAAUUUGUAUGGUUUUACUUGCUGUAUAAUUGACUCGUAUGGACUUGGAUGAAGAGAAUAGUUUUUUUGCCCCCAGCGUAGUCUCUCUCCUCAUGUCACAUCAAGUUGGUUAAAUAUGUGGAGUGAUUGGUUUUAAAUUCAAACAAUGAAGCCUGUCUCAGUUCAAAUGAUUUGUUAGCGAUCAUAGAGAAGACUCCUUUUAAAAAACUGCUAUCUUGGUAUAUGAUUCAAAGCUACUCGUAUGUAAGACAGAGGAAGGGGAAAUUAAAUGUGGUUGAGUUUGGCUGCAUGCUAAGAAAUCACUACUUUAUUACACACUGCACAAAGGAUGUGGUGAAAAUACCUAACACGUGUUUUGUUUCUUCACAGGGUUUUGUGUGUUUCUGCACAACAUAGACACAAGCUAAGCUCUUCCCAAGCCUUCUCUCUGACCACUGUCUAAGGCUGCGAUUCUUAAUGUAUUAUGAAAAUGUUUGUUGGGAUGUGUAAGGGUAAACAAACUUAUUAAAUAGGCAGUAUAGAUGGAUCACGAGUGUGGAGUUUACUGAAAAGUGGAUAUUAUUUUUGAUAUCACUCACUGGCUUAGUAGUGAAAAUAACAAGCUGCAUUCCACUGCCUUUACUUUCUUUUGCUUGACUUGGAUUGAAAUUGUAUUUAUUCUGUUGGAGUUAAAAGUUCUAGGAUUUUAUCAGUUUAACGGGUCUCACCACAGUCAUGCAAGAGCUAUUUUUGUGAUACCCUCUGUGCCUUAUUGAUGUGACUGUUUGUUCUUCUUUUUGAUAAUAGUCACUUAUUCAGUGCAAGUUUGAGUGUUCAUCUGUUCAACAUUUUUUUAUUUUAAGAGGAGAAAUUCCUUGUUUGUUUUUAAGAGAUGACAGAGAAGGGUAAUUAUUUGCUAUUUUGGCCUACACAAUAACAAACAUGCUAACAAAAUUUGAUCCCUGAAAUGUUUUGUAUAAAAUAAACUGUUCACAAGAUUUUUUGGGAUAUCAAGUAAUUUUAAUUUGAAGAGAAACAUUUUAAGGUUUUUGAAGCAUUGAAU